CCCACGUUUUGAUACUGACCUAAGUGGAAGCACAGCAGCUGGUCCUGUCCAUCACUGCAAGCAAGUGCGAGGAUUCCUGAUUAUACUUAGUACCCACAGCAGGGACAGUGGCUGAGAGGGACGUUGCAGGAAGCCGUGCUUCAACGGGAAGCCGCCACGAAGGAAUAUGCCUGCCUUUGGCUGAAGGAGACGUAUCCCUUUCUCCCUCCUGGAUUAAUCAUGAAAGACGCUCUCAACAUUCCACUGGUCCAUUUCUUCACUCUUGCGGCCUUCAGCUUGGCUGAGAAAUCUCCUAAAGCGCCCAUCAUCGCCACUUCUCUUGAAACAGUGGAUGCCCAAGUCGAAGAGGUGGCCAUCUUUGAGUGUGUAGUCGAGGCUUAUCCUCAGGCAGAGAUCACAUGGACUCGCAAUAACAUUCCCAUCAGGUUCUUUGACACACGGUAUAGCAUAGAGAAAAAUGGGCAGCUCCUGACCAUUCUGAGUGUGGAGGAAAGUGAUGAUGGAGUCUAUUGCUGCACCGCAAACAAUGGCGUAGGGGUACCGGCAGAAAGAUGUGGGGCAUUGCAGGUGAAAAUGAAACCCAAAAUAACUCGCCCACCUUCCAAUGUGAAAGUAAUAGAAGGCCUGAAGGCUGUUCUUCCAUGCACUACGAUGGGGAACCCCAAACCUUCAGUAUCGUGGAUCAAAGGAGAAAAUGUUAUAAAGGAAAAUGCUCGGAUUGCUAUUCUUGAAUCAGGCAACUUGAGGAUUCAUAAUGUUCGAAGAGAAGACAGUGGUCACUAUUGGUGUAUGGCAAAGAACAGCCUUGGGACGGCGUACUCAAAGCCUGUAACUUUGGAAGUGGAAGUUUUCGCCCGAAUCCUGAAAGCUCCCGAAUCCUACAACGUCAGCUUUGGCUCUGUGGUGACGCUGCGAUGUGCAGCAACAGGCAUUCCAACCCCUACGGUGACAUGGCUUGAAAAUGGAAAAGCCGUCUCAGCAGGAUCCAUCGUAGAAACCGUCAAAGACAGAGUGAUCGAUUCCAGGUUGCAAGUCUACGUCACCCGGCCGGGUUUGUUCACCUGCAUAGCUACAAAUAAGCACAGCGAGACUUACGGCACAGCAAAAGCCGCAGCCACUAUCAAUGUAUCAGAAUGGAGACUCUACAAGGGUGAUACAGGCUACUGCAGCACAUACCGUGGAGAGGUGUGUAGCUCUCUGUUGGCCAAGGAUGCCUUCGUUUUCUUCAACGCCUCCUAUGGAGACCCAGAGGAGACCCAAGAACUGCUUGUCCGCACAGCAUGGGCUGAGUUGAAAACAGUGAGUCCCUUUUGCCGCCCAGCCGCUGAGUCCCUGCUGUGUCAUUACAUCUUCCAGGAGUGCAAUCCCUCCAGGAUCGGAGCUGCUCCAAAACCUGUUUGCAGGUAACACA